AUGGUAGCAGAUGAUGCUGCAGAAGUGGUAGCAGAGGGUACAGGCGUUGCAUCUUCUAUGUGCAUUUUCUGUUGCCUAGUAUUUGGGAGUCUACCUUUAUUUACCAUUUCCUGUCCAACCCAGUGCAGUUGUACCUUUCACACUUUUAAUGAUGGAGCAAAAUUCAGAGCAGUGCUUUGUAAUGACCCUGAGAUGACCUCAACACCAGUCAACAUCCCCACAGAUACCUUUAAGCUACGCAUAGAAAAGACGGCUAUUAGACGUGUCCAGGGAGAAGCUUUUCAUCUUCUUUCUAACCUGGAAUUUCUAUGGAUGCCAUAUAAUGCUAUUGUCAGCCUAAGCAUGGUCACAAUACGAGGGCUGCGUAAACUGCAGGAGCUCAGACUAGACGGCAAUGAACUUACCUCGUUCCCAUGGGAAGCACUUGCCAGUACCCCUCGCCUAAGACUCCUGGACCUACACAACAAUGAACUUGCCUCUGUACCUAAGGAUGCAGCUCGUUAUAUAAAGAACAUUACUUACCUUGAUCUGUCCAGCAAUAAACUUAUGACUCUUCCUCAGGAACUAAUUUCAUCUUGGCUAAACCUUCACUCUGCAUCAUACUUUUCCAGUGGUCAUUCUACACUAAUAUUAGGUCUGCAGGAUAAUCCUUGGCUGUGUGAUUGCAGUUUAUAUGAAAUGGUUCAUUUCCUCAACUUCCAGUCUCCUUCAGUAGCGUUCAUAGAGCCUCGUCUGAAAUGUUUCUCACCUCGAAGUCUCGCUGGUGUGCCGUUCAGCCAAGUAGAGCUAAGAAAAUGUCAAAGUCCAGUAAUACACACAUCAGUGGCAAAGCUAAAAACCAUGAUUGGCAGCCCAGUGUUAUUGCGAUGUGGCACCAUGGGCGUGCCGACUCCUGAACUGAGCUGGCGACGGUCGGAUGGAAACUAUCUUAAUGGCACAGUGCACCAGGAAGUUGCAACAGAUGGAAUGAGCUGGUCAAUGCUAAACUUGCCUGCAGUGUCUUACAAAGAUUCUGGAGAGUAUAUCUGCAAAGCCAAAAACAUUUUGGGGAUGACUGAAGCCUUUAUUUCUGUCCUGGUAACUGACUCAAACACCACUGAUGAGCCUAAUGAUGCUGGUAAAUACCUUUCAACUGACAUGAAUCAAAACAUGCAACAAUAUAAGAUGCAUAGCAACCGAGUGCUACUUAAUAAUGAAGUGCAGAACAUCAACCCAAAUUUAGGAGUGAUCAUGAGACCUGAAAGUAAGGAUCCAGGGAAUAUUUUAUUGAGUUCACCAACCAAGCAACCAGAGAAUGAACGAAUGGUCAGAGGACUCAAAGUAAUUGGAGAUACAGAUCACAGUGUUUCUCUUGCUUGGAAAGCACCUCUUGCCAAAAAUAUCACAAUCUUCAGUGUACUCUACGCAAUCUUUGGAGAAAGAGAAAUGAAAAGGAUCAAUGUUGAGCCUGGUAAAACCAAAAUCACCAUUGAUGGUUUGAUGCCCAAAACUAAGUACAUUGCCUGUGUCUGUGUAAAAGGACUGAUACCAAAAAAGGAGCAAUGUAUCAUCUUUUCCACUGAUGAGGCUGUAAGUGCUGGAGGAACCCAAAAAUUAAUCAAUGUAGUUGUCAUCAGUGUUGCGUGUGUUAUCGCUGUACCCUUGACCUUAGUGGUCUGUUGUGGAGCUUUGAAAAGACGAUGCAAAAAAGGUUUGGUUCGAAAAUCUAAGGAUAUACAGGACUCUUAUGUUACAUUUGAGAGUCUGUCGACGACUACCAAGGUAAAAGGAGCCGAAGGAGAAUAUUUGACUAGACACACUCCGGAUGAAUCCAACAGACUUCUAUCUGCGCGAUCAAGCGUAGAUUCGGAGGCAGUACCAAAAGCCGAAGGACAACCCAAUGAGUUCUUCUGUUAA